GCGUCCCAGGCGGGGCUAUAAAUGCUGUGGCCUGACGCCGGCUUGCCUUUCGCCCUGCCCAUCCUCAGCUGUUUCGUUUGAGCUGUCGGCUCGCAGGCAUCCCCCAUGGCGUCUCCCCUGGAGCAGGCACUGGCUGUGAUGGUCUCCACCUUCCACAAGUACUCGGGCAAGGAGGGGGACAAGUACAAGCUCAGCAAGCAGGAGCUCAGGGAGAUGCUCCUGAAGGAGCUGCCCACCUUCAGCAGACAAACCAGCGAGGCCAGCUUACAGCAGCUCAUGGGCCACCUGGACAGCAACAGCGACAGCGAGGUGGAUUUCCAGGAGUACGUGACCUUCCUGGCCUGCAUGGCCAUGAUGUGCAACGACUUCUUCCAGGACUGCCCCAACAAGAUGCCGCACAAGAAGUGAGCAGGGGUCCCGGCCUCAGGCUGCGUUGCUGCCCCCAUGACCCUCCUGCUGUAUUCCUGAUGCUUUUUCAAUAAAUUUUUUCUUUAACAAAA